AUGUCCCAGUCAACAGACACAUCCACACGUGUUUCCCUUGAGACCUUCAAGAUCCCCAAAUCGUCUUUCACAGCAUUCAGACUACUGUACGCCCCUGCCUAUGAAGUUGGAGAACACGCCAAACUGGUGUUUUUGGGCAAAGCACCCGAUGCUUGGUAUGGCGGCCAGCAGUAUGGCAUUCUUUCACGUACGUUGAAGCGGGCCAAAAAAAAAGUGAAGAGCAAAAUCAGAAAAUCAAAACUGGUGGUCGACUAUUCUCUACGACAGACCGUACCAGAGACAGCGUGGUGGCGAAAUGUUGAUGAGGUUUGUGAGGAUACAGAGUCUGAAGAGGGUAUGAGGCUCCCUGAUAUCAAUAAUGAGCCGGCAAUUCCUCAAGCCAACUUGAGUAACAGAAUUGGCGGAGAUGAAGAAUCCUCAGCGCGAGAGUCACGGAUAGAGGAUACGACUCUUGACUUUAAUGAGUACAACGACAGGAUUUUUAAUGAGGCUUUGGCAGAGAUCGACUCAGAAGUUGGGCUGAUAAUCACGGGAGAGACCCCAGCUGCUCGUAUGCUGGCGAGAAACGUAUCUUUUGAUGUUGACGAGCGGGAAUGUGAUGACCAGGAUCAUUUGCAGAUUCCAUUUAUAGAAACAUCAAGGGCUUUAUCUCCGUCUAAAGAACAUGUGACGUCGAUUAUGGCACACGCUCGGAGUAACUCCACAGAUCCCUUCGUGAACAAACCUCAGAGUGUUAGGUUCGAACCGAGCUUGCGAGAUUCAAAGCACUCGAGGAUUUCGUAUGCUGCUCCAAACCCAGAGACCGAGGAGAGGAACAGAGAGCUCGAAUGCGAGUACAUCAAAGCACACAAGAAGCAUCUCAAAACUUUGAAGAAAAUAGGGCACAUGGCACAAAAGUCGGGAGGAAAGGCGAGAAAAGGAGGAUCUAGGGUCAAGCUGAAAGUUGCCCACAAGAUUUUGAGCCGAUUCAAGCCUGGAGAGAUCGUGAGAGUCGAUAGAAUGUUAGUGCAAAUACUGAGAGCUGAUGAAUUUACCCUGAUGGUUCAUUAUAGCGAGAAAUCCACUUCAGAGUUGCGGAUCACUAGGAGGUGGCGGGAGUAUAACGUUGUGCUUCGUAAAGCUGACGACCUGCUGGCUCUUCUCACAGUUCAAUUCUACGAUGCAAAAAGAGGGAAAAGGUUCGAAGAGAAGCCUGACUACAAGAUUCAUUUAUUGCCAAAUGUCAGGGUUGGUUUCUUUAGUCACUGCGAUAGGACUAUCAGCGUCACACAAACGCUCGAUACUGGCGCCCGUGUUGCCCUCAUUAACGCCAAGUAUGAGAAUGUGGCAUUCACGUGGCUUUUCAUUGUGAAAGGAAUUCUAGAAGGAGAUGAGGAGGUAGUGUUUAAUAUCUCGUUUCCUGGAAUUCGUCAGCAAAUAAGUAUUCCUAUGCACCCUUCCAUGAUCAAGGAAAUUACCAGAACGCUGCCUCACUUGGAAAUUGAUACCUUGGACUACGGCUAUCAUAUCUCACAGGGAGUCUUGCCAAAUUACUUAAGAGACAGAAUUUACGCAAAGCUCAGCCACGCGACUCACUUCAUAGAAGAAGUGAAGGAGUGGCUUGCCAAGAAUCCUGAACCAUGGUUCUGUUAUAAACUUUACGACCGUGUUGAAUGGGUUCCUAGGGAUAGUAAGUCCUUCCUCAUUAUGCAUAAACUUUGGCAUAAAUCACACUCGCUUAAUAUUAGACAGGCGAGCAGGCCUCCUUUGUCUAUCGAAGAUCACCAUGGAACAGUGUGGGGUAAACCGUAUCCCAUCGAGGGCUUUUUGGGAAGAGCAACAAAUACAUCCGGUAACGAAGUGUCGAAUUUUCGGGUAUUUUACAAGAUUUCCUACUUCUAUACCGUGGAGAAUAUUUUGUUCCUUUCAAAAAUGUUUAAUGCGAUUCCGCCUUCUCCAACAAAUGGUCUAAGAGAUCCCGAUGAAGAAGAUGCGAUGCUUCCCGAGUUCUUUAUAAAAGACCCAUAUGAGGUAGAUAAACAUGGUCAUAUUCCAUGGCUUAAUCUGCCUGACUUCACAAACAGAGAUAAACACACAGUAGACGAGCUUGAGCGUAAAAUCGUUCAAAUAGUCAGAGCGGAUGCCAUGAUUGACCUCUUGCAGGUAAAGCAUAUCAAACUGCAUUCUUACAAGAAGUUGUUCAAGGAGCAGCUAUACUUUCAUUGCAUGUUUUGGCACUCAAGCCCAAGAAUUUUGGACGACGAGAAUAUCAUAGAUUGCGCCUUAGAAUUAGAGCUUCAAAACGACAGCAGGUUUAUCUUGAUGGCACCAUCUCGAGCUUGCAGAGAUGAAUGGCUUCGAAGAUUAAACGAGCUCGUCGCAUACUACAAGAUUGCAGAAGGGCACAGAGUAUUUCUAGCGCUGAAAAAUAGACAGAGGAACAUGGAAACAUUGGAUUUCAGCGAGUACGUCGACUCCAAUUUCGUCAAUGAGAGCCAUGGCUUCGAAACUCCAUUUUCCGUAGCAAACGACCAUAUCUUUGACAUGAGUGCGAUUUCGAUGUCCAGUUGUAUUCUAAUGAGUGGUUAUUUAUAUCAGAAGCACAAAAAGCACGCCAAUUUUGCCGCUUUUUAUGUGGUGUUAUGCCCUGGACAUCUUAUAUUGUUCUCUAUAGCCAAAAGAUCCAAGGCUACAGGUGCAAUUAAGGUUACUCCAUGCUACGAGCAUCAUAUUACUAUCCCCAUUUCCGAGUGCUUCGUUUAUUCAGGAAACCAGACAGCCUUUGAUUUAGUCGAAAGCGAUAACGGUAGUCAAGAAAAGCAUUCUGGCCGGAAUCACCUUCCAAGAAUUUACCCUGAUGGGUGGAAGCUGUGCGAGGAGGAGCUGCAGCUUUGUUUCACUUUAUGGUUUGGAAAGAAAAGAAAGCUCAGGCAUCAGCUUGAAGUUGCAAACAACCCUACACUUAUUAGCAUGGUGAGGCUUCUAGGAAUAACAGGUAAGAGCAUGGUUUUCAUGACAAGGUCAAGGGUAUUGCGAGAAGCAUGGGUGACCAAACUACUUAAGGAGAUCACACGGUUUUCAGGCAUAUCAUGA